GUGACGAGGCCGCCUCUGCGGCCAUCACCACUGUGGGCAGCUGCUGUCGGCCGUCGCCGUGCCCCCCGCCCGCACCGGGCUUCCCGCCCGCCCGGGUGGGCCUAACCCUGGCUCCUGGGCCCCUUAGCAGCUGACCCUGCCGCUUUUCUAUCCACUCGGGCGUUGAGGGUGCGCAGGGGUGACAUGGGUGACCGGAAGUGGGAGCUGUGAGCGACGCCGCCUGGGGCGCCGAAGCCCGAGGCGCCGUCGGGGCCACCGCGACGCACGCAUGGAGAGCGCUGGGCGUCGGGCUGCGCACCGACAGCUAACCAGGGCGCAAGGGCUCUGCAGGGCAGGGGCUUUGCAGAACCGACUGGCCUCCCGGGGUGCGGGAACAUGAGGCUAGACCUGGAGCCCGCUGCGGGCCAGGCGCGCAGUGCGCGGUCUCGCACUACUCUCCGGUGAACUGCGCGGAGCCCCGGGAUUCGCCCGUCGUUGUCGGUGGCGGCAUGGUCUUCUGUCUGGAAAACGAGGUGCCGCACCGCCCGCUGCGAAGCGCCAUGGUCCACUUCCAGGCCUCAGAAGUCCAGCAGCUGCUACACAACAAGUUCGUGGUCAUCUUGGGGGACUCCAUCCAGAGAGCUGUGUAUAAGGACCUGGUGCUUCUGCUCCAGAAAGACUCACUGCUCACAGCUGCCCAGUUGAAAGCCAAGGGGGAGCUGAGCUUUGAACAGGACCAGCUGGUGGCUGGGGGCCAGCUGGGUGAGCUGCACAACGGGACACAGUAUCGCGAGGUCCGCCAGUUCUGCUCGGGUUCUGGCCACCACCUUGUACGCUUCUACUUCCUCACCCGCGUUUACUCUGAGUACCUUGAGGACGUCCUGGAGGAGCUGACAUAUGGGCCUGCCCCCGACUUGGUGAUCAUCAACUCCUGCCUCUGGGAUCUCUCCAGGUAUGGCCGUUGCUCAAUGGAAAGCUACCGAGAGAACCUGGAACGAGUGUUUGUGCGCAUGGACCAAGUGUUGCCAGACUCCUGUUUGCUGGUGUGGAACAUGGCAAUGCCCCUAGGCAAACGCAUCACUGGAGGUUUUCUUUUGCCAGAGCUUCAGCCACUGGCGGGCACUCUACGACGGGAUGUAGUUGAGGGCAACUUCUACAGCGCUACACUGGCCGGGGACCAUUGCUUCGAUGUCCUGGACCUCCACUUUCAUUUCCGGCAUGCAGUACGGCACCGCCAUCGAGACGGUGUCCAUUGGGACCAGCAUGCACACCGCCACCUCUCACAUCUGCUUCUGACCCAUGUGGCUGAUGCCUGGGGUGUGGAACUGCCCAAGCGUGACCAUCCCCCUGACCCGUGGAUUGAGGACUGGCCAGAGAUGGAUCAUCCAUUCCAGGGAAGCCAUAGGCAGUCCCCAGACUUCGGGGAGCAGCUGGCCUUGCCUCCACCCCCACCCUCUCCUUUACCCCCUCCCAUGUCUUUUCCUUAUCCUCUUCCUCAGCCCUCACCACCUCCCUUGUUCCCACCCCUGCCCCAGGAUGCCCCUUUUUUCCCAGGCCAGCCCUUUCCACCCCAUGAAUUCUUCAAUUACAAUCCAAUGGAGGACUUCUCGAUGCCACCCAACCUAGGAUGUGGCCCUGGAAUGAACUUUGUGCCUGGCCCCCUGCCACCUCCAGUCCCUGGCCCUGUCUCCCAUGGUCAGCACCGAGGCCCAGUGGUCCACCGGGGAAUGCCACGUUGUGUUCCCAACAGCCCCUACCAUGUGCCAAGGAUGGUGGGACCCUGUAGGCAACGGCUCAGGCACUCAGACAGACUGAUCCACACAUACAAACUGGACAGACGGGGACAUGCCCAUUCGGGAACAUGGCCUGGGUAGAUUGGAUGUUGGGCUGGGGGCUGGAUGUGCCAGUAGCCCUGCAGGGCCUGCUUGGCACCCCAGGUGUUGGACCUGGCAUUGUUCUUGUCCAUUGCUGUCACCAAUAAAGGCAUGGAAGGACAGAGUGACAUAUUCUGUAUAAAGGGAGUGGGCCUCCCAAACCAUGGUCUUAAGAGUUGGUGAGGUUGCCUUUCACUUUCUCUGAUAUUGGAAAUUUGGCCACACUAUUUAGAAAUCACUGAAUAUGCUCUUCUGCUAACACAUUCAUGUCUAUCUUUACUAGAACACAUAAAUUUAGCAAAGAUUUUGGAGAGGUCUCUUAUUGUCAGCAGCUCUUUGGGCCUGAGAAAAACCAAGGGCUAAAAUUUUGAAUCUGGCUAAUUCUUACCUAAUCUCCCAGUUGCAUGUAAUCAUGUAUAUAUUCAAUAUUCAUCUAUUCCUGGAGAUAGAUAACUUUAUCUGGCAUAAUUCUUAGCCCAUGGUGGCACUCAGUAAGUGUUUAGAACUAAACCAGAACCUUCUAAAUCCAAGUGGGAGACCAGUUAGAAACUCACUGUUUACUUGAUGUAUUGUGCAGUGGGAACAAAUUAAAUGAAGACCAACUUUUGGUUGUGGGAAUCGAAAGAAGAAAUCCAACGUGGUUGCGGGACCAGAGUACUAGUGUAGAGGGUAGUAGCAAACUACGUGGAAGUUAAGAAAAGCAGAGGGAGGUACAAGAGUUCAGCUUUGACAAGUGAUCCUGACCCUUGGAUUCUGAUCCUACAAAGAGCAUUAGCAGUGGAAUGUUGGGCUGAAGUGGCAGGAGGCAUCCAGGAUGGAACAUGGCAGUGGGCUAAUGAGUGAUGUAGUGGCAGAAAAAAAUGAAGAUCCCUUAAAUAAGUAGAAUGGAGGGAGGGCAAGACACAUGAUUCUUGCACUUCCCAUUCUUAUUAAUGAAUCCUUUGAAAAGGACGUUAAUGUCUAACACAAAAGGAGAUAAAUAGUAGAUCAUAAAAUUGUUGAUUCUGGCUAGCAAUCUACUAGACUAAAUGGAAGCAAAAGGAAGUGAUUAACACAUUGGUGCUGAGGAACAGGUACAGGCAACCCAAGUUGAUAAAACCCUUUAGAAGAGCAAUCUUGGUACCAACCCAGUGCCUGAAACAAAUACUUUUGAAUUUCGUUGGCAUAAACAAACCAAGGGCAUGUAACAAAAAUGAAUUUUUUAAAGAGAUAUGAAUAGAUAAUUUUCUUUGCAGAAAAAGAAGUUUUUUUCCUUAGCAAAACCCAUCUUGGAGUAGCCCUUCAACUGCAUCUACUUUUCCCAGUCCCUUGCCACUGCUUUAUGCCUUUCUUGUGUCCAGACACUUUUGCACCUUUAAUUUUGGAGGUUCUGACUGUUGCUAGAGAGUAGUGUGCACCUGGAUUGAUUUGCAGGAUAAAAACAAUGUGAGCUGUCCAGGCUUGCUGGGCCUUCUCUGUUGCUUGUCAUAUUGUUCUCCAGGAAUUCCCUGUCUCCUCUCCUAUUCAGUCAUUCCAGGGUUUUUCCACUUGCUUCUGGAACUCCAUCCUGACUCUGAAAUUCUCACUCUGUAAGCAAUCUUGAGACUCUUCCACGUGCUCAACCUCCCCUGCAUUCUACCUCUUUCACUUCUACCCCAUUUUGCAAUGUGAAUUACUUUAUAUCUAUGUCCUAACCCUUUUUAGCCUUAAUUUUUUCACUUUUAAAAUUAAAAUGUGUUGAAAUAUCCUAUUCUCUUUAAAUUUGAAUUAUCAAAAUAGAAUAAAGACAUUAUUUUCAAUUUGUUGUCAUAUAAGCAUGUAGUAUAAAGCACCUGUAAAAAUUUGGCUCCUCUAUUACAGAUUUUAUUCAAUCAUGACUGGGUAACAAGAAACUUAAAAAUAGAUUUAUACAUGCCAUCAUUUGCAUUUAAAUUAUUUCCUGGCUUUUAUUUUGAGAUGCAAAAAUAAUGGAAAUCUUAUGUUGCCCCAGUAUGUAGGCCCAUUAUUGGCUCUGAACAGAAUUCAAACUGUGUUGUCUCAGAAACCAUGAUUGACCAUUAACAAGUCAUUCAGUAAGACAGUCUUGCAUUGUCUCCUCAUGGAAUCUUGUUUUGUUUUUUGAAUCUUGGUUUUCAAAGAAUUAGAUCCAUUCCUUUGCCAUACCAAGAUAUUCUAAAAGAAGCAAAAAAUGUAUGAGCACUUUACUCUGGUAUCAACCUUUACUUUCCAGAGGGGAAAUUUUUUUUUUUAAGAAAAGUUAAAACUAGUACAACUGCUUUUUUCAAAACAUUUGAUCUAAAAUGGAAGUUUUCCAACAAAAGUAGAUAACUUGCCUUCUGUUAACAUUAUUCAGUUUGUGGCAUAAGUUUUGUGUUCAGUUCAUAUGUCAGAUACAUCUAAGACAUGCUCUAGUGAAAGAUAAACUCUGAUUGCAAGUAAAUGCACCUAUUCUUUUUUUUAAAAGUCAGCUUUAUCAAAGUGUAAUUUAUAUACAAUAAACUGCGCAUAUUUAAAGUGUACAGUUUGAUAAUAUAUACAUCUGUAAAACUAUCA